AUGGAAUUAACCACUCAUGGCUCCACACCAACGAACUCGAAUUCACCCGUGCCCAGUAAACAAAUGCAAGUGCAGCAGAGCUCCUGGACGCAGCCUUUCCUAUUCCAAGAGGAUAAUCAACGAAAUCAGGCAAAAUCCUUCCAAAUGUCAAAUUUUCUUCUACCAAACCUCCCCUCCCCUUCCUUGCUCCCUACCCUCUCCAGCGACUCCGGCGCCUACCCAUCAUCGAUGAACCCUCGUGACUUGGAAAUGGUGGUAGUGACAAAUUUCCAGAGUCAAUCCAAGCGUCGGGUUCUAUUCAACAAAUUUCAAAUCUCUCAGUUGGAGAAACGCUUCAGAAAACAGCGCUAUCUCACCGCCCAGGAACGCCAGGAACUCGCUCAUACUAUCGGUCUGACUCCUACGCAGGUAAAGAUUUGGUUCCAAAACCAUCGCUACAAGAUGAAGAGAUUUGUUCAUGAUGAUCAUGUCGAAGCUUCGGUUCACAAAUGGCCAAUUAAAUCUGCCCAUUUACAACCAAAGGUCUCAACGCUCUGGUGUAACAGGAGCAUCAGAAGUUUAGAGGAUUCGCCUAGAUCAGAUUGUGACCCACCGUUUCCCCAGACACUACCAAUCGGACAAACGUUUCAACAACAGCAACUGCAGUAUUCCACGAUACAAGUACAAACUCCACCAAUGUGUUUAUCAAUGCCACAACCUUUGGUAGAGCAAGAAACGGGAAUGAAGGCUAAUCCAAAGUAUAUCUGGCAAACUCUAAUGAAUCUAAUACAAGGCAAGAUGCCUAUUAAUAAAGAGGGAGAAGACAAGAGCGAAGUCAUGCCAAGGCAAAAUGGAGCUUUUCUACACAUCUUUAAUGAGGCAUGCAAAAGGUAG